UCCUUGCGUGUGAUGUUUUGUGAUGUACCUACCUGGCAUGCUGCAUAUCGUCUGCGUCUUCGAACACCUUUGAACAAGCUUUUCAUAACGGCCAUCUGGAACUGCAGGCUCAGGCCGAGACGCACACAAUUUACCCGCGCACACAUCGCAUCGUGAAUAUUCCGGAGAGCGACGACGAUGGCAUCAAACAAUAAUUUUAACACCGUUGCCCUAAAACAAACAGCAUGUGUCGGAAACGCUAAUCGCAUCGUCACUAAAAGUUCUCAUAGUUCCCAAAAUUGUCCCGACGAAAUGGUGGAAAAAGGCACCAAGCGCAAAGCGGACAUGAGCCUAGCCAAGCAGGAGAUUGGUGCCAAAAGAUUUGCGCUUGGUAAUCUGACCAAUGCCGAAACUACAGGAACGACUUCAACGAUCGGGGCUGUGAUCAAAAGUAAGGUGAGCAACUUCCUUAAUAAGCCCAUGUUGUCCAAUAAAGCAGCUGCAGGAUACAUCGCCAAACCAACAUGGAAGCCAAAUGAGCAUCAUUUCAAGAAAAACAAAGUGCCGAAGAUCAAUGGCGUCCCCAGGAUCAUGACGCGCGCUGCCAUGCGUAAACAGCAAGCUGUUAACAUAAAUCAGGAAACACAACAGGAAAAGCCAAUUGCAAUAAUCAAGGACAAGGAGAAUGUGCCGUCGUCGUCGGAAUGCUCUUCAUUGAACGGUGUGGGAGUUCCGGCUGUUUCGCACGGGCAGAACCGUAAAGCGGAAGAAUUGCUGGCCAAAUCGAAGCCAAUUGCAACUGUUACGGAUAAUAGAUCGUCGUGGAAAAAUGUUUUACGAACGCGAUCGACAACUACAGUGGCUGAAGCGGAAAGUACCACUCAAGAACCCGUAAACGGAGGGCAAAAGCAAUCCUUAACAGUGAGUAACGCUUUGUCAAAACGCUCCGAUCUAAAGCCUAAACGGGGUCGGGCGUCGAGCGAGUUCGAAGCGAGUGAUAACUCACUGUACGUAACGGCGGUUGACAAUUUCGAAGACGCAGCUUUGACCUCUUCCGGUCCAGAAACGGACUGUGUAGAAGCGCGUGGUCAGGUUGCACAAAACAAGAAACCGCAACCGACUAACAACGGUCCCCCUGUCCGGGCGUCCGACGUGAAGCUGAAGCGUGGUCGUGGUUCGAGCGAGUUCGAAGACAGUUCGUUGUAUAUGACAGCAGUAGAGCAUCUGGAAGUUGCAGGCACAACAACUACGACCAAAGGCAAAACGGGACGCUCCGACGCUUCUACAGCUGGACAUGUUGCAUCGAAUAUUGCAGCAACAGUCCCAUCACUGGCAGUUCCCGAUAAGAAAACGAAAGCACGCGUAGAGGAAGAAAAUGGACCAUGGAAAAUGUCGAUCACAGAAAACGUGGCUCUUACCCGUGCCGCUACGGCCGAAAUCGGUGUACCGCGCAAACACCCACCGGCUGGCAUUGAGGAUUAUGAUUUAUGCUACUGGAACGAUAUCUAUCAAGUUUCAGAAUACGCACAGGACAUCUUUGAUUACCUGCAAGAACGAGAGCCCGCGUACGACAUACCGGAUUACAUGGGACGGCAGAAACACUUGACAAAGCGCAUGCGAGCGUUGUUGGUCGAUUGGAUGAUUGAGAUACAGGAAACAUUCGAGCUAAACCACGAAACGCUAUAUCUGGCCGUCAAAAUAUUGGACACCUAUCUCUCACGUGUGACGAUCAGCCACGAAGUGUUGCAGCUCGUGGGGAUUGCGGGUAUGCUCAUAGCUUCCAAGUACGACGAACGUUUGCCCCCGACGGUCGAUGAUUUUGUGUACUUUUGCGACGGUGCUUACGAUCGUGCGGACCUGCUCAGGAUGGAACGUACUGUUUUCCGUACCAUCGAAUAUGAUCUCGGCUAUCCACUAUCGUACCGUUUCCUGCGCCGGUACGCCCGCGUCAAUCGUAUCCCAAUGAUGACGCUUACUUUGGCCCGUUACAUCCUCGAGACGGGCCUGAUGGAUUACAACACGGUUCUGGUGCGCGACUCUAUGCUCGCUUGUGCCGCCCUCUUUAUCGCCCGAAGGAUGUUGGAUCAAUCUGGAUGGAACGAAACACUCGAAUACUAUUCAUGCUACAAGGUUGAGCAGUUUAAAGACGCCAUAGUUUUGCUGAACAAUGGCAUGAGUUCGCGGCAAUAUCCCUUCGAUACCGUGCACAAGAAAUACUCACACGAGCUCUUCUUUGAAGUUGCCAAGCGUCCCGUCAUCACUUGUAUGGAGCAAUUGUUUGCCAACUCUAACGUAUUGUUUAAAGUACCUACCGCACCGAUAGCCACUAACGGCAAGCCAACGACCAUUCCGAUCUCUGCAGCCAAAGAAAAUGUACCGAUUGCUACCACCGGAACCAUCAGCAAGGCUACGUGCACUACCGUUAACAAAUGAGUAAUUUUCAUACCGAACAGACAGACAUUUACAUUCAGACUCAACAGUUAUUGCCUGCGUGCGUGUCUGAUCGUGGAGAGCACAUGAAGGUAACGUUAAUUCCUGCACAACGUAAAAUAUAUAGAAAUUUCAUGGACUGAUCAAGAAACAGUAGGUGCCCGUUGUUAGCACCAUGGCAAAAGUUCGAUGGUGGAGAAAUUCAAAUUGUUACGAAUAGCUAUUGCAACUACUCUCGCCGUUUUAUCGUGUGCCAAGCUAUGGUAGCGUUUUGUAGCAUUAAGUUCUUUUCCCAUUCAUUUAUUACACAUUUUAUCGUUAGCUGCUGAUCACGUUCAUUUUUUUCUGUUGUUUAUUGCUUGUAUUGAUUUCUGAUAAUUAAUGAUUAAGACUACGUGUACGACAAGAUUGCAAAUGAGACUGAUAGUUGAGCAAACACAAACUCUGACAAUUGCUCUCUCGUCAUGUGGAAAGUAGAACCGUUUUAAUACUAUUCAUUAUGUGCAACCCUGCGCGAAAUGUAUUAUCAAAUAAAUGCGUUUUAAAUAUUGAAA